GGGAACUCAUUUCUUAGACAAUUUACAUGAACGCUCCAUAGUUUGAAAAUAGUUCGCGCGGAAGGAAGUCCCGAGUACUGGCUCUAUUUUGUUACCGGCACUGUUCUAUCACCGAUCGUUAUGGAUACUCGAAAGCGUCCCAGAGAAGAUUUGCCGAAUACUAGUACUGGUGACCAGUUCAAAACCCCGGAGAAGCGGGUUUCUGCAGUGGCUCUGCAGGAUUUCACGAAGUGGGGUGUGGAAGAAACUUGUAGAUACCUGCGUCAGGAAGGUCUCGGGGAAUGGGAGGAGAAAUUCAGAGAGCAAAAGAUAACAGGAGUGGGGUUACCAUACCUCACAGAGACACAUCUGGACAAUAUGGGUAUAGGGUCUCUAGGCCCCCGGCUGGAGAUUCUGCACUGCAUGAGGAAGCUGUGGCAGAUAGAAGAAGAGACCAUCAAGGUGUUUAAUGACCCCAUCCAUGGCCAUGUAGAGAUGCAUCCUCUGCUGGUCCGUAUCAUCGACACGCCUCAGUUCCAGAGGCUCCGCCACAUCAAGCAGCUGGGAGGAGCAUACUUCGUCUUUCCUGGGGCCUCCCACAACCGCUUCGAACACUCCAUAGGGGUGUGCUACCUAGCAGGUCAGCUGGUCCAGGAGUUGAAUAAGAGACAACCAGAGCUCUUCAUCUCCCGUAGAGACAUCCUGUGUGUCCAGAUCGCUGGGCUCUGUCACGACUUGGGUCAUGGUCCUUUCUCCCAUAUGUUUGAUAGGAUGUUCAUCCCCAAAAUCCGUCCAACGUCCCAGUGGAAGCAUGAGGAGGCGUCCCUGGCGAUGUUUGACCACCUGGUGUCUGUGAACGCCUUGGAGCAGGUGAUGAAGGAUCAUGGCCUGGUCCUACCUGAAGACCUGGUCUUCAUCAAGGAGCAGAUCGCUGGACCACAGAACACUGGCCCUCUCAGCCAGGGGUGGCCUUAUGAGGGCCGUCCGGAGGAGAAGUCCUUCCUCUAUGAGAUUGUGGCCAACAAAAUGAACGGCAUCGAUGUGGACAAGUGGGACUACUUCGCCAGGGACUGCUACCACCUGGGCAUCCAGAAUAACUUUGACUACCACCGCUUCCUCAAGUUUGCCCGUGUGUGUGAGGUAGACGGGAAGAAGCGCAUCUGCACCCGAGAAAAGGAAGUGGGUAAUCUGUACGACAUGUUCCACACACGCAACUGCCUCCACAGAAGAGCCUACCAGCACAAAGUGGGACACAUAAUAGAGACCAUGAUCACAGAGGCCUUGGUCAAGGCAGACCCCCACAUCCAGAUUCUAGGUUCUGAGGGAAAUAUGUUCACCAUCUCCACGGCGAUCGAUGACAUGGAGGCCUACACUAAACUCACUGACCAUGUGUUUGAGCAGAUCCUUUACUCGUCGUCAUCUGAGCUGGCCGAUGCCAGAAAGAUCCUCCAGAACAUCACCUGCAGAAUCCUCUACAAGUAUGUGGGACAGACCCAGGCCAAGAAAUAUGUGGAGGUCUCACAGGAAAAGCUCCUGAACUGGGCAAGCAGCGUGGCGAAGUGCAGGCCUGUUAGCGACCUCCAGGGCGUCACUCUAGAGCCAGCAGACUUUGUAGUCAACAUCAUCAACAUGGACUGGGGUAUGAAGGAGAAGAACCCCAUCAACAAUGUGGGUUUCUACUGCAAGAAUACCCCAACCAAAGCCAACCGGAUCUUCAAGAACCAGGUGUCUCAGAUGCUGCCAGAGCGGUUUGCUGAGCAGCUGAUCAGGGUCUACUGUAAGAAGAGAGAUGAGAAGACUGUGGAGGCAGCUAAGAAGAACUUUGUCCAGUGGUGCAUGGACAACAACUUCUCCAAGCCUCAGGACGGCGAUUCGAUUGCACCGGAGCUCACCCCUCUGAAGCCAAGCUGGGCCAACAAUGACGGUGAGAACAAUGAUGAAGCAGAUAGCCAGGGAAGAAGAAGCUGGGCUGCAGACAACCGUGGACAACAGAAGGCAAAAGUCAGACUCUUUGACCAACUAAACUAACUUUCAAAAUACAGAAAUACAGCUGGUAUGAUGCAAAACACAGCAUCAUAUGAUGCAAAAUGCAUCAUACCGGCUAUAUUUCUGUAUUUUGAAAAUUAUCCUUUAAGGUGUGGCUCUCCCAUAGACAUCAAUGGGAUAGCAGCUGUGUCUGGUCUGCUUAGUUCAUUGGCUUUAUAUGAACCAGAAAAAAGUAGUUGGAUUUCUCGGUGGUGACCACCACCUCAAGAAAAUGUGAGUCAAGCCCAUUGGUUGAAAAGGUGUGUAAUGCAUUCUUUAACCGCCUUCUAGUGAUGAUGAAUGUUACAUGGCAGGGAGCAGAAGGUGUGAGUAGAAGUUUACCUUUAACACAGUUUUACGAUCACACACCAAAUUCUCACCUGAACCAUCGGGGGAAAUGCAGAACUGACCUCAGAUCAGUAUCUAGGGGCAAUGACCAGAAGAAGUCCCUUUACUCGGGUUCUGUUCACUCUGAUUCAGUUCUGUCAGGGAUUAUAUCAUAUAGUCAUUAUUUUAUUAGCUUUUUAUCUCAUUUUAUUUUAAGCAUAUGUUUUAGGUUUAAGUGUGGUUAUUUAGCCUUAUGCCAGUAUCAUUAUGGUAUUACAUUGUAAGAAAAGUGUGGGAGCAUGUGUGUGUCAAUAUACUUGCGCCACGUUCCUCACUUUCCCCCUCUUUUCCCCGCUAUGCAUCUUGAUGUGCCACUAUAAGACAGGCAUAUUUCAGAUAGCCUAGCAACAACUGCUACAUAUUUAUCCAUCCUGGUGAAAGUUACACUCAACCCUUUUUGGACAAUCAUGCUUCUUUUACAUUGUAGCUGUAUUUAUUUCAUGUUAUUGUAUCGACAUACAAACAUGCAGGCAACCAUUGUUUGUCUUUCAGGACAUUGUCGUUCUUAUAAGCAUGGUUUCUAUGUGGGUUUGAGUUUAUUAUUGCCACCCACCGUAGUUAGCCUGGUCGUUGACGUACGUACAGUAUGUAGGCUGAAGUAGGGGUUGACUUGGAGCAUAAAGAUCAGAGAUCUGGCGUAUAGCUUAAUUAUUUUCCAAAAAGUUGGCCACUUUAACUGACCAACAGAGAUGGGCCACAGUGUGGGUAGUGUACAUGGAAGAAUACAAUGCAUGCAGUGUGGGAUUUGAGAGCGUGGGAUUUGAGAGCUGAAGCUUCUGUUUUGAUUUUGACAUUUGGUUUUGAUUCUCUGACAUUGGUUUCGGUUUUGAAACGGGUCAGUUUGUGAUUAGUGUGGUGUUUUUCUAAGUGUUGUGUUAUCAUAUUUAUUGUGUUUUCAUCCAUGUACCCUACUGAUUGUUUCCUACCUACCUGCCUGUCUCUGACUACAGUUUGGUAUAAUUUGUGAGUCUGGUUAUGUUAUCUUCAUUUAAACAAUGUAAACGCAACUUUUACUCUACAGUCUGCCUCGAGAUAGCCCACUGCUGUUGGUCAUAGAUGGUAUGUUUGUUGAUUUAAUUAUGUACUUUGUGUAAAAAAAAAAAAAGAAUAUAAUUUGGAAUUAAAGACUAAUCGUAGAGAUACAGUCUCACCGUUUGAAGGAUUUUAUGAUACAGAGUGUAACUGUCAACAGCUGCAAAAUACAACUAUUUUCUCUGCCUGGCUAUCUGAGUUCUGUUUUCUUAGAGCUCUGUGUAGAUGUCUGUAGGCACAGGCCUGGGAUCAGCAUUUCCUCA